CACAAGGUUGCUCUUCUCGCCAGCAGAGGGCGGCUACCUUCCUUCCCUCUUCGGCCCCGGCCUGAACUGAUUCAAGAUGGUGCGGUACAGCGCCCAGCCGGAGAACACCACAAAGUCCUGCAAGGCCAAGGGCUCAAACCUGCGAUGUAGUUUCAAGAACACAUGUGAGACGGCCAAUGCCAUCAAGAAGAUGACUCUGGCCCGAGCAGUGCGCUACUUGAAGAAUGUCAUCGGCAAGAAGGAGUGUGUGCCCUUCCGAGUGUACAACGGGGGUGUGGGCAGGUGUGCACAGGCCAAGGCUUGGGGCAUCACCCAAGGCAGGUGGCCCAAGAAGAGUGCCCGCUUCCUUCUCGACUUGCUGAAGAAUGCUGAGAGCAAUGCCCAGUACAAGGGCCUAGAGGUGGACCACCUGGUGAUUGAGCACAUCAUGGUCCAGCGUGCCCGUCAGAUGCGCCGCCGCACCUACAGGGCACACGGCCGCAUCAACCCUUUCAUGUCCUCCCCUUGUCACAUUGAGGUGAUCCUGUCUGAGAAGGAGCAGGUGGUGGCCAAGGCACAGGAUGAACCAGUCAAGAAGAAGGUCUCUAAGAAGAAACUUGCACGUCAAAAGCUCAUGGCUGCCAGGGAAUAAUUUGUCCAUUGCAAUUAAAAAAAAAAAAAAAAAAAAA